AUCAAAGGCAUGGCGUCGCCAUCAAUGUCGAGUGUGGAGAUCAGUGUCUUGACUCCUCACUACAUGGCCCUACUUCAGAGCCUGUGUGUAAUCACCAAACCAACUCUUAACGAUGUCACCGCCAUCUUCAAAGAAUUCCACCAACUUUUGGACCCCAAAGAUUCCAAGCCUUCUUCUGAGCGACCAACUUCGUCAUCAGCAGCCUCCGGCGCUUCCAAAAAACGCGCUGGCAAGUCAGCUGCACGUGCCAGUGCUGCGAGCGACGAUGGCGACGGCGGCGCAAUCGCCCACAGUGCUGUGGGCUUCGAACGCUCUUGCACGUGGGAGCCCGACAAUAAGCGCUGUUGGAUCAUGUCCGACGUGGAGUCUUGGAACCGCGUCCUCGCGGACAACUGCAUCGAACUUCGAGAGCUCAAUUGGUGUGAGCUCGCGUUAAUGGGCUACCAGUGGCCCGAAAAGAAACCCGGGGACAAAGACAUGCUUCGGGCCUCGCUACUCAUCCAUGUGCUGCUGCGACAACACAG